AUGGGCAAAAGAAAGAAGACUAGGGUUUCGCGCGAAGAAAAGGAAGUCAAAAUGGAGGAGAAACGGCAAGCGGAGGAGGAGGAGGAGGAGGAGCAUCAAAGUGACACCGAGACCGCCGAUCAGUCCUCCGGCGACGACAGGAGCCUCUACGAGGUUCUUGGUGUGCCGAAGACAGCAUCUCAGCAAGAGAUAAAGAAAGCGUACCACAAAUUGGCCUUGAGACUCCAUCCAGAUAAAAACCCUGGUGAUGAGGAAGCAAAAGAAAAGUUUCAGCAACUACAGAAGGUGAUAUCAAUCCUUGGGGAUGAGGAAAAACGUGCACUUUAUGACCAAACUGGUUGUGUUGAUGAUGCAGACCUUGCAGGAGAUGUUGUCCAAAACUUGAGGGAAUUUUUCAGAUCUAUGUACAAAAAGGUUACUGAAGCUGAUAUCGAGGAGUUUGAAGCAAAUUACAGAGGAUCUAAUUCAGAGAAAAAUGAUUUGAUUGAGCUUUAUAAGCAGUGCAAGGGUAAUAUGGAUAGGGUCUUCUGUUCAAUGCUGUGCUCUGAACCUAAGCUUGAUUCUCACCGUUUUAAAGACAUUCUCGACGAGGCAAUCUCUGCAGGAGAACUCAAAGCCACAAAGGCUUACGACAAAUGGUCAAAGAAGAUCUCUCGAGUGAAACCGCCUACAAGUCCCUUGAAAAGAAGGGGGAAGUCAUCAACUAAAGAGUCAGAAAGCAACUUGCUUGCGGUCAUAUCCCAGCGGCGGAGCGAGAGGAAAGAUCGAUUCGACUCCAUGUUCUCCUCUCUUCUCUCCAAAUAUGGCGGGGCUGGUGGCACUGGCACAUCUUCAGAACCAACAGAGGAAGAAUUUGAAGCCACGAGGAAGAAAGUGGAAAGCAGAAGAGCGUCCAAGAAGGUUAAGAGAAACUAG